GCGCGUGGUCUGUGUUUCGAAGAUGGCGGAUGUAGAAGACCGAACAAAGGAAGAUUCUGCCGUGGCGUCAAAAGAAACGAUGGUGAACCAAGAAAAACGAGAGAACAGUCUAACAAAUGGUGGCAAGGGCUCUGGGGAUGAUGCGGACAGCCUUGAGGAACUGCCUCUGGAUAUUGGCGAGCAUUACUUAGUCCGCAGAUCCGACGAUUCAUGGCAUCCCGCCGAGAUCAUACAAACUCGUUACAAUGAGGGAGAAAGUCAUUAUGAAUACUACGUUCACUAUGAAGGUUAUAACAGAAGACUGGACGAAUGGGUUCCAAGGGACAGGAUUAUGUCCAGCAGGUUCGACAUGAGCGACCGCACUUGGAAAAACAGCGAGAGAAAUCCAGCAACCGAUUUGCUCGCGGAUUCCACAGAUCGAAAAAUCACAAGAAAUCAAAAAAGGAGACACGAUGAAAUCAAUCACAUACAAAAAACGUACGCAGAAAUGGAUCCAACGACUGCCGCGUUGGAAAAAGAACACGAGGCUAUCACCAAAGUAAAAUAUAUUGAUAAAGUACAAAUAGGAAAAUAUGAAAUAGACACCUGGUACUUCAGUCCAUAUCCGGAAGAGUACGGCAAACAACCGAAGCUCUGGAUUUGCGAAUAUUGCCUCAAGUACAUGCGAUUGGAGAAAACCUAUCGAUAUCAUAUGAGUGAAUGCAUACACAGACAACCCGUCGGAAAGGAAAUUUACAGGAAGGGAACUUUAAGUAUUUGGGAAGUGGAUGGAAGAGAACACAAAAUAUAUUGUCAAAAUUUGUGUUUGCUCGCGAAAUUAUUUCUGGAUCAUAAAACCUUGUAUUUCGACGUAGAGCCAUUCCUUUUCUACAUCCUUUGUGAGGUAGAUAAACACGGAGCUCAUCUUGUCGGUUAUUUUUCAAAGGAGAAAGAAUCUCCUGAUGGAAAUAAUGUCGCCUGUAUUCUGACCUUGCCGCCCUUUCAACGUCAGGGCUAUGGCAAAUUAUUAAUUGCAUUUAGUUACGAAUUGAGUAGAAUUGAGCAAGCCGUUGGAAGCCCGGAAAAACCGUUGAGUGAUCUGGGAAAACUUUCUUAUCGAAGUUACUGGAGUUGGAUUCUUUUAGAAAUUCUACGCGAUUUUAGGGGGACGCUCAGCAUCAAGGACUUGAGCAACAUGACAAGCAUUUCACAAACCGAUAUUAUAUCAACGCUGCAGAGCAUGAAUAUGGUGAAAUAUUGGAAAGGACAGCACGUGAUUUGUGUGACGCCGAAGCUCGUUGAGGAGCACAUGAGGAGCAGCCAGUACAAGAGGCCGCGAUUGACAGUCGACAGUAGCGCUCUGCGAUGGGGGGCGCCACCGCGGAAGAACGUGAAACCUGGCAAAAAGUAGCGCGAACAACAUCCAUCCGCCGAGGUUUUUAUUCUCAAAUUGUUGCAUCCAAGCGCUACCGGACGACUAUCUCUGGCCAGAUAAUCGUCAAACAAAUCAUUCUCAAUUCCAUAGAGCGCUCGCUUUAAUAAUUCCCUGCUGUAUUUUUGACGAGCCCGAUGAAAAAAAAAAAACAAACAAACAGAAAAGAAAAAUCAUCAUCAUGUUUCGGGGGAAAAGUUGUUGGGAGAAUAUUCGAUAGCGAUCGAGUGACCGUGACCAUAUGACCAUGAUCCGUGAUGGAGCUUUGAUUUUUUUUUUUUGAGCGCCAUCUUGCCUUUUACGUGAAAUCUUUUUAAUGAUCUUUGCGGAUAAGUCACGAAUAAAUCAAUAUUUGUGUUUCAAAGUGAAAGAGGUUUGAACGCAGACUCGUGUCUGUUGUGCAAUUAUUCUUGUGCUUGUCUCAGGAAGAACAUCAUCACGCGCGAUUAUUGCGCAUCGCAUGUGAUACAAUUGGGUACGAACGACUUGAUCCAGUAUUAAUGCGCAGUAGUGAUUUUCUUAUGUCAAUCCGAAAUAAAGCGUGUUUUUUGUCGAUAA